AUGACCAAGGGAGAAGCAAGCCAGGCCAAGGUCCACUAUAAGGGCUCGGAGGAGGACUACAUUGUCUUCGUUGACGAUGUCGAGACAUUCAGAAAGUGGACGGAGGACAAGUCGGUGCCCAUGGCUCACUUCAUCUCCUCCUUCAAGAUCUUCGUAACGCACAAGCAAGGAACCCAGGGCCAGCUGGAUGGCGCCUCAGACCAGCUGCUAGACAACGAGUUCAAGACUCACGUCGUUGAGGAAGUCAUCCCCAAGAUCCUCGAGAAGGGCGACCUCCAAACGACCACGGGUCCCGGACGACAAGCUCAGGGAGGCAAGAGUGAGAGCAAGAUGACGAACCUCGUCGGCGGUCAGCCCACCCACUAG